GCUAACCGCCAUCUUUCCUUAUCGUAUAAACAGUGCGACCGGGCGCAGCGCGAAUUCUCGCCGUGGAAUCGUGGAUUUCCCAGUGUUUUUGAGUGAUUCGCACGCGAAGAGAUGUCCGACGCCAAGACGGAGACCAAGAGCGACAACAACGUCGAGGAUGCGUCCAAGGAACAGUCGACGGAGGAGAAACCGACCCCGACGAAAAACAAACGAAGCGGCACCAAGAGACUCUCCACUCUCGAGAGGACCGCUCAGGAGGGCGAGGCAAUCUUAAAGGGCAUGAACAAAUCCGUCGGUGAGGUAGAAGGCAGGAGACGCACUCGCAGCUCAGCCAGAGGCCUAACUUCAACAACGCCAGUGCCAUCGCCACCCAAGAAGGAGAAGAGGGAAACAUCGACGCGAGGUGGCGGCGGUCGCGGGCGCGGGCGUCCCAAGAGGCAGGAGAAGAACAAUGAAAACAACACAGACGAGGAAACGUCCAACAACAAAAGCGAAAAGCACACGGAAGAGGAGUCUACGAAGAUGGAGGUAGACGAGGAGAAAGAAGAGAAGGAAGAGAAAGAGAGCAAGGCGAUACAGAACGAAGACAAAAACGCGGAGGGCGCGGACAGUAAAGACAGUAAAGAUGCUGAGAAAGUGACCGAUGCGAAUUCCAAGGAUGAGAAGGUGACGGAGGAGUCGGAGAACGUGGACGAGGCUAAGAGCACCGCUCCUAGCGAAGAAAAGAAGCAGGAGGAGGUGAAGGACAGCUCGGACUCGAGUCAAGAUGCGACGGACACAGCAGCGGAAGCGCCGCCUUUAUCCUCAUCGGAGUCCCAAAAUCCCUCCAACACUAUUACUACUGAGGAAAACAAGGAAUAACCUCCCUUCGCCUGUUUUACCACUACUUUUAUGUAAGUAUCUCACAAUCUA